AUGGCGGCGCCCGGAGCCGAGCGCGAGUGUGCGGAAGCGGAGCUCUGCGCGGACAGCCAGGGGGGCUCGGGCGUGAAGGUGGUGCCCCCCUCGGAAGCUGCCGCCCCCGCCCCGCUUUGCCCUCACGGACCUACCCUUCUGUUCGUAAAGGUGAGCCAAGGGAAGGAAGAAACACGGAGGUUUUAUGCCUGCUCAGCCUGUAGAGACAGAAAAGAUUGCAAUUUUUUUCAAUGGGAAGAUGAAAAGCUGUCAGGAGCCAGACUCGCUGCCCGGGAAUGUCACAACCGAAGAGGUCGGCCUCCCCUCUCCCGGUUGCAAUGUGUGGAAAGGUACUUGAGGUUCAUCCAGUUGCCCUUGACUCAGAGAAAGUUCUGUGAAAGCUGUCAACAAUUGCUGCUACCAGAUGACUGGGGAGUGCACGGAGAGCAUCAGGUAGUGGGUGACGUUUCUGUCACCCAGUUAAGAAGACCCAGCCAGCUCCUUUACCCUCUGGAGAACAAGAAGGCAAAUGCCCAGUAUCUAUUUUCAGAAAGGACCUGUCAGUUCUUGGUUGGCCUCCUUUCCACCCUGGGCUUCAGAAGGGUACUCUGUGUUGGGACACCAAGGUUGCAUGAACUGAUCAGGUUGACAACUUCUGGUGGCAAGAAGUCUAACCUUAAAAGCCUUUUAUUGGAUAUUGAUUUUCGGUAUUCACAGUUUUAUAUGGAGGAUAGCUUUUGCCACUAUAACAUGUUUAACCACCAUUUUUUUGAUGGAAAGCCUGCCCUUGAAGUAUGCAGAGCAUUUUUACAGGAAGAUAAAGGGGACGGAGUCAUUAUGGUGACAGACCCUCCUUUUGGUGGCUUGGUUGAACCUCUGGCCAUUACAUUCAAGAAGUUAAUUGGUAUGUGGAAAGAAGGUCAAAGCCAAGAUGACAGUCAGCAAGAAAUGCCCAUUUUCUGGAUUUUUCCCUAUUUUUUGGAAGCUAGAAUUUGUCAGUUUUUUCCGAGUUUCUGCAUGCUGGAUUAUCAGGUAGAUUAUGAUAACCAUGCACUUUAUAAACAUGGAAGGACAGGUCGUAAACAGUCUCCUGUGCGUAUAUUUACCAACAUUCCACCCAACAAAAUAACCCUUCCUACUGAAGAAGGAUACAGAUUUUGCCCUCUGUGUCAACGAUAUGUUUCUCUUGAAAAUCAACACUGUGAGCACUGUAAUUCUUGCACAUCCAAGGAUGGCAGGAAGUGGAAGCACUGCUUUCUCUGCAAAAAGUGUGUAAAGCCUUCCUGGAUCCACUGUAGCUUUUGCAAUCACUGUGCUGUCGCAUAUCAUUCAUGUGAGGGCCCUAAAGACGGCUGCUUUAUUUGUGGUGAACUGGAUCACAAACGCCGUUCUUGCCCUAACAUCAGCACCUCGAAGAAAGCCAACAAAGCUGUCAGAAAGCAGAAGCAAAGAAAAAGUAAUAAGAUGAAAAUGGUGACCACUAAAGGACAAUCCAUGAAUCAUACAUUCGGUACAAGGAAAAGGAAGAGGAGGGACAGAGUGCAUCAAUAUCUCUGCUCCUAAAAGUCCAGUGACUUGAAAAUAAGGAAGAUUUAUGCUCCAUCCUUUGAUGCCACUUUCUGUAAGUGCCACACUGGACUUAAAUUCAGUGGCUUUCAGAGGUGGUGCCCCUUCCUCAGCUCAGUAAUAGGCAGGUGGCAUUUGCUGGUUUGUAGACCCCUCCUCUGCCUCUGAGACUGGGAGUUGUUCCUCCUAGGCUGUUACCAGCUCUCACUGCAGGCUUUUUCAUCCUCAAAUCUUUCUCAGUCUUACUACUUUGGCCUCUCUUGUCUGAAAAAUGGGCAUAGCGCUGCUGUUUGCAGUGUCAGAAGAAAAUGCAAAUACAAAUCUAUGAAGUUUGUUCACAUUGAACACAAAAAUGUUACUAAAUAAUAAACAAUGUUUUAA